AUGGGUUCCUACACAGCAGCCCAUGAUCAAGAGAUCCACACAAUCCACAUACCGGAGGAAGUGCGCAAGUCGGGGAUCGCUAGUCUCGAACUCAUCGCCGAGGGCGCUGCCUUCCUGCACAAAGAUGGUAUCAUCGUCCUCGACAACGCCAUCGACGUAUCACACAUCGACACCUUGAAUGCAAAGCUGUCUCCCGAAGCCCUCGAGAUCGCCAAUGAUCCAGAGCACCACUUCAACUUCGGCAAACACACGAGGAACAUGGACCAGGCGCCGCCGCCGACAAGGGAUCUCAUGUUCAAAGAUCUCUGGUGUAAUCCGUUCGCGGCGGCCAUCCUAGCGGCCGUGCUCGGUCCCAAGCCCGUCAUACACUAUGCGAACGGAAACACUGCGCUAAAGGCGCCGCCUCAUGGCCGCCAGCCCGUCCAUUCGGACUGCGAGUUCGCGCACCCGGCGUACUUCCCCUUCGCGUACGUCAUCAACAUCAAUCUCGUGGACGUGACGCCCGAAAACGGCGGCACCGAGGUCUGGGUGGGCUCGCACCACGUCAGUGUCCAGGAGGCUCACAACCCGGCGGAGGCUUGCGAGGAGCUGCUGACCAUCAGACCUGAGCUGCUCGAAGAGCGAAGAAAGCAUUCGCCUCCCAUUCAGGCCAGCACGAAGCGUGGCAGUCUGAUCAUCCGCGACCUGAGGCUGUGGCACGCAGGCAUGCCCAACUUGACGGACGAGCCGCGCGUGAUGCUGGCGUUUGUGGCAAGUCCCGCGUGGUGGCAGGGCCGUAGUAAGAUCCUGUUGCCCAAGGAUGUCAAGGAGAUGGUUGAGAGCUGGACAGACCUGGUAUUCGCCACCGAGUAUGUAAAUGGCGAGGUGGAUCACAAAAAGUUGAAAAGCGCGGGCGUCGACUUCGGCUCGAAGAGUAAGGUGUUGGAGAAGUACAGGGAGGAUUUGAGCCGCUGGCCCUCGUAUACUCCUCGAUGGUAUUGA